UACUUGUAGUUGCAGUUGUAGUAUGUGAACAGUUAAAAGAAAUAUGUUACGCAAAAUUAUAUUUUAGUGUGAAUUUAAAUUCAGUUUGUAAAAUCAGUUUAUGAUGUAUACAUUCAAUGCAACAACUCCUUGUUUCAUUGGAGCCAUGCCUCCAAAUAUUUCCAUUUUAACAACUACUACAGAACCACAUUUUGCAAGGCAAAUAAUGCGUUUCAAUAAUCAAACAGUUGUUAGUAAAGUGCCUGAGGAGAUGUUACAUUUAAUUGAUACAUAUUGGUAUCGGUUUCCUCCGUUGAACCCAUUAUGGCAUAAAGUCUUAGGUUUAGUUAUGAUAGUAUUAGGUAUUAUGGGAUGGUGUGGUAAUGGUGUAGUGGUUUAUGUAUUUAUAAUGACACCAUCUCUAAGAACACCAAGUAAUCUUCUUGUGGUAAAUCUUGCUUUUUCCGAUUUCAUUAUGAUGGGUUUCAUGUGUCCACCUAUGGUAAUUUGCUGCUUUUAUGAAACAUGGGUUCUUGGCCCCUUAAUGUGUGAUAUUUAUGCAAUGGUUGGAUCAUUAUGUGGAUGCGCUUCUAUAUGGACCAUGACAGCUAUUGCUUUAGAUAGAUAUAAUGUUAUAGUGAAGGGGAUGUCCGGAACACCUCUUACCAUCAAAAGAUCCAUAAUUCAAAUUUUGGGUAUAUGGUCUUUUGGUUUAAUAUGGACAAUCUUACCUUUAGUAGGGUGGAAUAGAUAUGUUCCAGAGGGUAAUAUGACAGCAUGUGGAACAGAUUACCUUACACAAGAUUGGGUCUCCAAGUCGUAUAUAUUAGUUUAUUCUUUUUUUGUCUAUUACACUCCAUUAUUCACCAUUAUUUAUAGCUAUUAUUUUAUUGUUUCAGCUGUUGCAGCACAUGAGAAAGCGAUGAAAGAACAAGCAAAAAAAAUGAAUGUCGCUUCUUUACGAUCUGGAGAAAAUCAAGGUGCUAGUGCUGAAGCAAAAUUAGCAAAGGUAGCACUAACGACAAUAUCGCUAUGGUUUAUGGCAUGGACACCAUAUCUUGUGAUCAAUUACAUUGGAAUAUUUAAUCGAUCUCUGAUCACACCCCUUUUCACAAUAUGGGGUUCUCUCUUCGCGAAAGCGAAUGCAAUAUAUAAUCCGAUCGUUUAUGGAAUUAGUCAUCCAAAAUACAGAGCCGCGUUAAAGGAAAAACUACCGUUCUUAGUAUGUGGCUCAACGGAAGAACAAACCGCUGGAGGGGAGAAAACUUCAGAAGCUGGUGGAAACUCAUAAAAUGAAUCGAAAACUUGAAUGUUAUUUUAUUUUAUUGUAAAUACAUAGAAUGUUUUGUAAAUUAAAUAUUAUCCGAAAAUUGAUUUAAGAAGGAGGUGCUCGCACUUUUAAAGGAAAUAAUGAAAUUUAUAGAUACAGUUGCUUGCAGAAUUUAUUUGCUUUUAUAAAAUUAAGGUACAGAUGUUCCCUUCAUGUUUCAUGGUGAAUGUGAUGUGCUUACUAAUCUAGUAAACAUAGAGCUGUUACCUGGUGUACCAAAGUGACCAUGUAUAUUGUUACGCAAUAAAUGUACAAAAUUAAAAUCAUA